UCAGGACGUCCCACUCUGGACUGCAGAGCGAUCACAGGAGGAGAUCAACUCACACCAUCCGAAACCUUCCGUCCUAAACCCUCGUCUACAGGUAUGAAGAAAAUGCAGGUGUGUUUGCUACUUCUUUUGCCCCUCCUGCUUCCCCAGAUAAAGGCCCAGGUACCCCACUGGGGUCCAUGUCCCGAACCUGCCACCCAGUCUGCCUUUAACUUCAAACUGUUUAUGGGACGGUGGUUUGAGAUUGCUAAACUUCCAGCGCAGUUUGAAAAGGGAAGAUGCAUUGAGACGAAUUUCACAUUGCAAUUUGACGGAACCGCUCGAGUCGUGAGCUCAGAAAUCCUAAAAGGUGAACUGAGGACUAUUGAGGGCACUGCUGUGGUGGAAGACCAGAAGAACCCGGCCAAACUAGGCAUCAGCUUUUCAUACGUCCUGCCGUACACACCAUACUGGAUCCUCUCCACGGACUACGCCAACUUUGCCCUGGUGUACUCCUGCACCGACGUCCUGAGGCUCUUCCACGUGGACUUUGCCUGGAUCCUGGCCCGAGGUCGCACUCUGCCUGCAGCCACCAUCAACCACGGCAAGGAGGUGUUCGCUAAGAACAACAUCGACAUUAGCCGCAUGAUCUCCAGCAGACAGCAGGGCUGUGACAAACACCUCUGAGACCUGAGCUGAACGGGACUAUAUGUAUACCUACAUGCCGCAAAAUGUUUAUUAAUAUCAAGUCCUCCAGGUUUCCCCUCCUAUUCAACAAAUCUGAUCAACCAGACAAGACUGGAUGUCAACCUAUACCCCACCAAUUAGCUAACACUGGAACUGCUUGCCUGUGUACAGAUAAUGGAUGUUAAAACUCUAAUUAGCACUAAUUAGCACUGUAUAUACACAAGACUUACAUUGUCAAAAGGUAAUGGAAACAUCCCCAAUAAGCACUGGAGCUAUAAGGAUAUUCUAGCAAACAACUAACGGAUGCUUAAACUAUAUCAAUUUGCACUGGAGAUAUAAGGCUAACAUAGGUAACAAUUAGCACUAUAAAUAUGAGGCUAAUGAAGCUAGUAACAGGUGAAGGAAGAGUAUACCCCACAAAUUGGCACUGGAACAGACUAUUCUAGCAAAAAAAAAUUAUCAGAGGUGUCAGGUUAGGAAUCACAAAUACUUUGGACACCUUUGUUAAAAAAAAAAAUAUAUAUAAAUAAAAAAAAAAACAGUACAGUAGUUAAGAGACUAACCUUGUCAACAAGUAAUGGAAAAAUUAGCCCUGUAGCAAUGAGGCUAAAGCAGUUAACUAACACGUAAAUGAAGUGUAUAGCUCACACAUUUGUCUUACGUAUAAAAACUGGAACUAUCAAUUAAUUGAGGUCUAUACCCCAACAAGCAGCACUAGAGCUACGAGGCUAAUGUAGCUCUCUGACUGGAAACAACUAGAUGGAGUCCACAAGUGAGUUUAAAAUGGAUGUGGGGAAAUGGAGCUAAUUGGCAAAAAAAUGGUUACAAACUACUUGGCCAUCUUUUAUUUUGGAACAGAAUGUAAUAAAAUGUAAACAACAUAAACACUGCCACUGUAUGCUGAGUGGCUGGGGAGAUUUGCUGGGUUACACCAACUUUGAAUAAGCUCAUUGUUUAGGUUUUAAGUUUGUGUAUACAGUCUCUAUAAGUCCUUAGGUACUACUAGUUAGAUUCAAACCAUCCCUUUACUAAAUCUGUUCUACCACCAGUCCGUAAGUCGUGUCUUACCUCGUAAAAACUAAUGCUGGGAGUUACCGAUUGGCUCUCACAUGCUAAAAACGAAUUUAUAACAUGGCAAUCAACAUGCUGCCAUGGAAAUGCGGUUGUUCAAUAUUUCAAUAAUUAUCACGGCCUUAAGAAAUAUAUGGGGUACUAUAUAGUAUAUGGGUGAUAUAUUAUUAGCGUUAUUAUUUAGUAAACACGUUACAACUAGCCUAUGUUUAAACUUACUUACAACUGGUGCAGCCGGCCUCUGGUGCUGGAGAUACAGACAGAGCUUUAUUGAGGAAAUUAGAACAAGUUUCAGCUUACAAAUCAAACAUUUAUAAACCAUGAAUUUGCUCAGUUGCCCCAUAUAAAUUAAUUUCGGACUUUACUCAGGAGCGCACUCUGGUGGCCCGACUAACCCUGAACAGGUCCUGAGUGGGUAUUCUCUUCUUUUUUAUACUUACUUUAAAAAACUAAAUGCAAUAGACAGUAAAGACUACAAAACUACUAUUAAUAUUAAUAAAAUAAAUAUAAAUGCUGGCUACUUUAAUUCUGAGGAGGCAACAUUAAAUAAUGAAGGAUUUAAGAGUUUUAAAAUGUUUUUUUGGUUUAUUCUCAUGUAAUGUUUUCUUCUGAAUGCGUUUUCAGAAUUGCAGAAGUCCUGUACAACUGGACAUUUCUGAGGGAUACUUUUACCUUGUAUUUCUAUCCACACUAUUCAAGCAGUGCUAAUGUAGUUACAUUAUCAGAUUGUUUUUUUUUCUUUAUUGAGGUUUAAAUAGGACAAAUAAAAAGAACGCUGAUGGAGAAUAUA